GGAGGUGUUCGACAGUGUACUCUCCCAUCCUCUCCACCUCAAUCCCUCUCGCCGCCAUGGCCGCCGCCGCCAUUGUUGUCUUGCUCGUCUGCUCGCUGCCGUCUCUGCUCGUCUGCUCGCUGCCGUCUCUGCUCGUCGGCGCCGCUGCUGCGGGCGGCGGGGAGAAGCAGUCGUACGUCGUGUAUCUUGGAGAGCACGCCCAUGGCGAGCGGCUGGGCGCCGCCGCCGCCGCUGACGUCGACGUCGAGGCGCUCGCGCGGCAGGCGGAGGAUUCGCACUGCGAGCUCCUCGCCGGCGUCCUCGGAGACAAGGAGAAGGCGCGGGAGGCCAUCUUCUACUCGUACACGCGCCACAUCAACGGCUUCGCGGCCAACCUCGACGCCGCCGCCGCCGCCAAGAUCGCCGAGAAGCCGGGCGUCGUGUCGGUGUUCCCGAACAGAGGCCACAAGCUGCACACGACGCGUUCGUGGCAAUUCCUCGGCCUCGCCGGCGUCGGCGGCGCCCCCACCGGCGCCGCCUGGAAGAAGGCCAGGUUCGGCGAGGACACCAUCAUCGGCAACCUCGACACCGGUGUGUGGCCAGAAUCAGAGAGCUUCAGGGAUGAUGGAUUGGGGCCUAUUCCAUCGUGGUGGAGAGGAGAAUGCCAGAAAGGCCAAGAUGAUGCAUUCUCUUGCAACAGGAAGCUGAUCGGUGCGCGCUUCUUCAACAAGGGGUACGCGUCGGCGGUGGGCAACCUCAACACCUCCCUCUUCGACACGCCGCGCGACACCGACGGCCACGGCACGCACACGCUCUCCACGGCGGGCGGCGCGCCGGUGGCCGGCGCCAGCGUCUUCGGCUACGGCAACGGCACGGCGAGCGGCGGCUCGCCGAUGGCGCGCGUGGCUGCGUACCGCGUCUGCUACACCCCCGUCAACGGCAGCGAGUGCUUCGACGCCGACAUCCUCGCCGCGUUCGACGCCGCCAUCCACGACGGCGUCCACGUCCUCUCCGUCUCCCUCGGCGGCGACGCGGGCGACUACUUCGCCGACGGCCUCGCCAUCGGCUCCUUCCACGCCGUCCGCCACGGCAUCGCCGUUGUCUGCUCCGCCGGCAACUCGGGCCCCGCCCCCGGCACCGUCUCCAACGUCGCGCCGUGGCUCUUCACCGCCGCCGCGAGCACCAUGGACCGCGAGUUCCCUGCCUACGUCGUCUUCAACGACACCAAGCUCAAGGGCCAGAGCCUCUCCGCCUCCGCCCUCUCGCCGGCGUCGAGCUCCUUCCCCAUGAUCGACUCCUCCCUAGCUGCCUCUCCCAACCGGACUCAAAACGAAUCGCAGCUUUGUUUCCUGGGAUCGCUUGAUCCGGAGAAGGUGAAGGGGAAGAUCGUGGUGUGCUUGAGAGGAGUGAACCCGAGGGUGGAGAAGGGCGAGGCGGUGCUGGAAGCCGGCGGCGCCGGGAUGGUGCUCGCCAACGACGUCACCACCGGCAACGAGAUCAUCGCUGACGCCCAUGUCCUCCCCGCCACCCACAUCAAGUUCAGCGACGGCCAGAUCCUCUUCUCCUACCUCAAGAACACCAAGAGUCCGGCGGGGACGAUAACGAGGCCGGAGACGAGGCUGGGGACGAAGCCGGCGCCUUUCAUGGCGGCGUUCUCGUCGCAGGGGCCGAACACGGUGACGCCGGGGAUCCUGAAGCCGGACAUCACGGCGCCCGGGGUGAGCGUGGUGGCGGCGUGGACGCGAGCCAGCGCGCCGACGGACCUCGCCUUCGACAAGCGCCGCGUCGCCUUCAACUCCGAGUCCGGGACGUCCAUGUCGUGCCCGCACGUCGCCGGCGUCGUCGGCCUGCUCCGCACGCUGCGCCCCGACUGGAGCCCCGCGGCGAUCCGCUCCGCGCUCAUGACCACCGCCGUCGAGGUGGACAACGAGCGGCACGCCAUCCUCAACUCCUCCUUCGCCGCCGCCAACCCGUUCGGCUUCGGCGCCGGCCACGUCUCCCCGGCCCGCGCCAUGAACCCGGGCCUCGUCUACGACCUCGCCGCCGUCGACUACCUCAACUUCCUCUGCUCCCUCAGCUACAACGCCACCGUCAUGGCCAUGUUCGCCGGCGGCGGCGGCGCGGCGCCGUUCCGGUGCCCGGCCUCGCCGCCCAAGGUGCAGGACCUCAACUACCCGUCCAUCACCGUCGUCAACCUCACCUCGUCGGCCACCGUCCGGCGCACGGUGAAGAACGUCGGCAAGCCGGGGGUCUACAAGGCGUACGUGACCUCGCCGGCCGGCGUGCGCGUCACGGUGAGCCCGGACACGCUGCCGUUCUUGCUCAAGGGGGAGAAGAAGACGUUCCAGGUGAGGUUCGAGGUGACGAACGCGUCGCUCGCCAUGGAUUACUCCUUCGGCGCGCUCGUCUGGACCAACGGCAAGCAGUUCGUCAGGUCGCCUCUCGUGGUGAAGACGACGACGCCGACGAUGGCAUGAUCGUGAUUAAUAAUUAUUAAUUAUAUAUAGGGUAUUGGUUGAUUAAUUAUUAAUCGAUUUAAUUAGGUUUAGGAGGGGUGGUGGUGUGUAAAGAAGCAGACAUAAUUAAACGUUUGUUUGAAUUCUUUAGCUUCAGAAAAUCUAAAUGUUUCAUGUGCAUUUGCUCGGAAAGUCAUGGAAAAUUCUGAAAAAAGAAAAGAAAAUCAAUAAUAAUACACGUUACAGUACAA